AUGGGUGGAAGUGUGGAACUUCUCAACGAUUACGACUUUUUAGUGUAUGAUUGUGAGAGUGAGUGUUUAUGGUGGUUAACUGACAAGAGAUAUACUAAAGAACUACAAGAAGAAGUAGGCCAGUCAUUAGAUAAGACGUUGAUAGAAAUGCAUGGAGCUGUGCAGACUGGAGGCCGAUCUCCAAAACCCUUGAAUGGUCCAAACGUGUCAGCUCAACUAAAAGGUAGUUCAGAUAAUGUACAAAACGUUUCAUCACAUGCAAAGAGUAAGAAGAGAGAGCAUGGUGCUCACAAUUCAGAAUCUGCGAAACGUGACCGUUCAUCUAAAGUUGAUGAUGCGGAUUCUGGUCAAGCUAGACCAGAACAUAUAUUAAAAACCGAAAUCGCCAAAAUCACUGAUAAAGGAGGAAUGGUAGAUCUUGGUGGAGUUGAAAAACUAAUACAGCUCAUGCGACCCGAGAAUACCGAGAAGAAACUAGACUUGACUUGCAGAACAAUGCUUGUUGAUGUAAUAUCGGCUACUGACAGAUUUGAUUGUUUAAGUCGAUUCGUUCUUUUAAAAGGCUUGGUAGUUUUAGACGAGUGGCUUCAAGAAAUCCACAAGGGAAAGAUUGGUGAUGGGAGUCCGAAAGAGAACGAUAAGUCCGUUGAGGAAUUUCUUUUUUCUUUACUUUGUGCACUUGAUAAGUUGCCCGUGAAUCUUCAUGCUUUACAGACGUGUAAUGUUGGGAAGUCGGUGAAUCAUUUACGUAGCCAUAAAAAUUCUGAAAUUCAGAAGAAAGCCAUGAGUCUAGUCAGCACAUGGAAGAGGCGUGUAGAAGCUGAAAUGAAUAUUAUCGAAACAAAGUCUAAUACAAUGUCUAAUACAAUUCGAGGUGGCUCUUUGCCAAACAAGCAAAUGAUUUCAGAAGUUCCGCAUAUCGGUGGCGCAAGACGUAUAGCUGGCAGUUCUUCUGACGUGGGUCCCAAAAGUUCUGCUUCACAACCUCCGUCAAAAGCCCCACAACCAAAACAAAGUUCAGGCGAGGCUAAUCAAGCUAUCACCAAAUCACCAACGUCUCCGGGGUCCAUAAAACUGUCUCCGUCAUCAGCUAAAGAAGGAAGAAGUUGUAGCUCAAGUCAAUCUCCAAACAAUAGUCAAUCUUGUUCUAGUGAUCAUGGGAAGACUGGAGCUUCAAGUGCAACUAAAAACUCCGGAAACGGUUUUCAUGGAUCGUCAAUCCCGGGGUUGCAAAAGGAAGCUGGAAAAACUGCCUAUUUGAGUAGGAGUUUUGCGUCUGAAAAGGGAUCGCCAACUAGACAUUCAACAGAAAGAGUACCUGAUGCGUCGGUUGUAGAUAACGGAAACAGCUCGAGUCUGAUUGUGCGGUUACCAAACACGAGUCGAAGUCCCACACAAACCGCCGGUUUGGAAACACCUGAAGAUUCCUCAACAGGUAAGGGCUCUCUUCCAGUACCUUCCAAGAAACAAGAGCAAAAAGUAAAUGUACCGAAUUCAAACCCAAAUGUCGGUAAUGAUUUGUCUCGCGCGAAAGAGGGGUCGGCUGUACCUGAUGAAGAACAUGGUAAAAAAGAUGCGUCCGGUUCGUCAGGUAAGCUAUACGAGCCUUCAUAUAGUUCUAUUAAUGCGUUGGUGGAGAGCUGUGCGAAAAUAUCAGAAGCUAGCGCGGCUCCGUCGAUCGGUGAUGUUGGCGGAAUAAAUCUUCUUGCCAGCGUGGCGGCUGGUGAAAUGUCGAGAUCUGAUGCGUCACCCGCGUGUUCCGCGGAUUGUAGCUCACCGGUACCCCAAGAUCGUGGUCAUAGUGAAGGUAAUAAUAUCAAUGUGGCUAAUGGGGAAAAUAAUAAUACAGGGUCGGUGAGUAUGAUGGAAGAAGCUACAAAUACGAAACCUAACAGCCGAAGUCCAUUAGAAGAAGACAAGUGUCCCGACGAUAAACCAAUUAGAAACACUGUGGGCCCGCUAGAUGCAGCUGCUACAACUGUAAAACCCGAGACUUCACAGGUCAAAGAAGAAACGGUGGCGACCGCGGCUUCUUUGUCAUCUUCAGAUAUGCACGAGGAUGAUAAAAAAUUGAUACACAAACGGUUAACCGAUCAACCCAUGACCACCACUUCUUGUGGUGAUAUUGAUCUAACACCGAAGUCUGAAGAGACUGAUGACAAGAAGGCCGUUGAAAAUAAGGAAACAGACAAUAAAGCCUCUGUGGCUGCAAUGCAAGAAGUAAAAAUGUGUAAAGCAGAGGCCAACUGUGCUGAAGAUCGUACAGUAAAGUUGGACUUUGAUCUGAAUGAAGUUCUUCCUAGUGAUGACGGGAUACAAUAUGAUGUUGAAAAGGCUGCUAUUCAUGCACCCAACCCGUUACCUUCUAAUAAUAAAAGUUGGUCUGGUUUGAUUACUGUAACUGCUGCAGCAAAAGGACCGUUUUACCCUUCUGAGAGCCUCUCAAGAGGUAAGCCCGAGCUUGGCUGGAAAGGGUCUGCUGCCACCAGUGCAUUCCGUCCAGCAGAACCACGUAAGGUAGACACUUCAGUUUCAGUUCCAGAUGGUCGUACCAAUAAACCGGCCCGCGCUCUCUUUGACUUUGACUUAAAUGUCGGAGUCGAAGAUGCCAGUCAACCCAAUGCUUCAUCGGGACUGGAUCUCGAUUUGAAUGCAUGUGACGAGAGUCCCGAGGUUGCCCAUUUGUCUGUCGGUACAAGCAGUAGACCUUCUAGGUCAGACCUACCUGGCGGGCUAAAUUCGUCAAGGGGCUUUGACCUGAACGGGCCGGGUAUGGAAGAAACCGGGGGCGAAUCGGUUGCGUUUUCUAAAAACGGUAUGCAGUUUAUAUCCGGUGUGCCUAAUGUCAGAAUGAAUAAUAUGGAUAUGGGGAACUUUUCAACUUGGUUUCCGCCAAACAAUUCGUACCCAGCUAUUACAAUCCCGUCUCAAAGAAUGCUGACACCUGUGACUUCCAGCACAUCGCUUAAUCCCGAAAUGUUCCGGGGCCCCUUUUUAUCAUCAUCUCCCGCAGUUGCUUUUUCUAAUACCGUGCCAUAUCAAUAUUCAGCUUUCCCGUUCGAGACCAAUUUCUCGUUACCUUCGAUUUCGAACACAUUUUCUUCGGUUUCAAAUGCGUAUGUUGAUUCUACAUCAUCUGGUGGUGGGCAGCUUUGUUUCCCGGCGAUUCCCUCGGUGGGACCCAACGGUGUGGUGUCGAUGCCGUACAGGCCUUACUAUAUGGGUCUACCUGGCGGUGGUUCAGGUAAUGUUGGUCCUGAUGGUAGAAAGUGGGGAGGUCAAGGAUUAGAUCUGAAUGCGGGUCCUGGUGACGAUAAGCUGGCGACCACUUUGCGGCAGUUACCUCUUGGUGGUGGUGGUGGUGAUGAGCAGUUGAGGAUGUUUCAUCAGAUGGCAGCCGGUGGCGGCAGUGCGUCAAAGAGGAAAGAGCCGGAUGGCAGUUGGGACGGUGAUAAUAGGAUUAGCUACAAACAUCCACAUCGGCAGUAGUAAGGCGUUCUUGCAAUGCCAGGAAAUCGAUCUGUCUGGAACUACUCCCCCUCAGAGGUGUGACCGAGCAAAGUGUGGGUUUCCUGCAACCAGUGUUGUUAAUGACGAACGUUGAUGGUUGUAAUGAAUGCAUAGGGUGGAGUUGUGUUUUUAACAGAGUGUGGUUGGUCUGUGUUGGUGUUUUAACUUGGUGGAAAAGCAUUUGCCCACCUGAAACAAAACAAAACAAAACCUGGGAAUUGGUUUCAACCCAUGUAUGUAGAGUUCCACUUCUGGGUUUAGUUUAUUAAUUUUUAUUAUUAUUAUUCACUUC